AUGAGCAGCUUCGGCGGGGUGAUGCGGGAGUAUCCCCACCUCUCCAUCGACCGCUUCGACCGGGAGAACCUGCGCGCCCGCGCCUACUUCCUCUCCCACUGCCAUAAGGAAAGAAGAUAUUGUGGUCACACUUCUGCCAGCCGGCCAUUGUCCAGGAUCAGUUAUGUUUCUCUUCCAAGGGGGAAACGGGACGGUCUUGUACACGGGGGAUUUCCGACUCGCCAGAGGAGAAGUGGCCCGAAUGGAACUACUGCAUUCAGGAAGCAGAGUGAAAGACAUCCAGAGUGUCUAUUUAGACACCACAUUCUUUGACCGCAAAUAUUAUCAAAUACCAAGCCGGGGCCGGGACGAGUUCCUACAGGGCUUGCUUCUCAUUCCACUCUUCUUAUAGCGAGAUCGAAGAUUUCUUGAAGUACAUUUGCCCCGUGAAUAUCUACCCCAAUGUGAUUCCUUUGGGGUCAACCAAGGACAAAGUGGAAGAAAAAUGGUGGCAGCGAUGAUGACGAUCUCUUUGACUCUGGACUGAUUCCCAGAAAUUACAAGGUUCCAAAACUGCUGCCAGGGAUUGAACCCGUGGAGAGAAAGCUGCUCCCCCCAAAUCGUGAAGAAGAACCCAGUCACAGGGUGUCUCCAGGGCCUGCUUGUUUGCCGGUUGAUUUUGUAGAGUGCGAAGAAUCAAAUAGCGAGGAGGAGGAGGAACAACAUGAGGAGGAGGAGACAGCUCUUCCUGGAAUUCCAUCACCGGGGACGGAGUUUGUUGAAGUUUCACGGCACCCCAACAGUCUUGUGGGAGCAACGAGUACCGGGAAGCUCAGUGAAGACCAAGCGCAACCUGACUCGGAAGUGCCAAAAUGGGACAGCUUCUUCAGGCGCCCUUCAGAAGACCCCGAGAGCUCGGACCACGAGGGCCCCCCGCCAUGUACCGACUCGGCCGAGCCGCUUUCUCCCGGCCCCUUCAACGAGGACGACCUGAGCGACUCCACUCACAUCUCUUCUCUGGAGUCCUCUCAGUCCACCCACAUCUCUGAACAGGGCAGCCAAGGGUGGGACAGCCAAUCAGACACCGUCCUCAUCACCUCCCAGGAGCGAAGGAAUUUGGAGUCCAGCCCUUCCAAGGGAGGGACGGAGAGGGUGACCCGUCCCCUUGCAGGGGAAAAGAGAACGGACCACCUGCCGAAGAGCAGCCGGCCUUUAGAUCGGGCUGCGCCUUCUGCAGAGCCCCUUCCCUUGGAAGGCAAAGCCAGAUGUUGGGACACAGCAGCAGCAGCAGCUCCCGAUCGGACCGAGCCAGGAAAGAAGGCCAAGCCAGAAGGGAGGACAGAGCUCAGUCCAGCGGUCCAAACCGUGGACUCUCAGAGCUCUUCCGAUUUUGAAGCCCCGCCUAGUCCCGGGACGGAGACUCCCAAACCUCAGGAGCUCUGCAGCCUGUACCAAAAACUGGCAGCUGGAGAAAACCUCCCCUGA